AUGGAGCAAAAUCAGAUUAACGGUGCCAAGAAAGAGCCAAAUUACCGCGGGGUGAAAGCCUUGCCUUUCAUCAUAGGAAACGAGAUAUUCGAGAAGCUCGGGACAAUCGGGACAGCGUCUAAUCUGUUAGUGUACCUAACGACGGUGUUCAACAUGAAGUCCAUAACGGCCGCAAACGUGCUUAACAUCUUUAACGGGACUUGCAUGGUCGGAACUUUGUUCGGUGCUUACAUGUCCGACACGUAUCUCGGCCGGUACACGACCAUCGGCAUAGCUUCCGUCUCGUCUUUCCUGGGUAUGCUGGCCUUAACUCUAUCCGCAGCAUUUUCCCAACUACACCCCCCAACAUGUGGGCCCCAACAACACACCCCUUGUCACGGGCCCUCACCGGGCCAGCUCACCUUCCUAUACACCGCUUUCGGGCUUCUAGUGAUCGGUGCCAGCGGUAUCAGGCCCUGCAACCUGGCCUUCGGCGUGGACCAAUUCAAUCCGAACACGGACGCGGGCAAAAGAGGCAUUAACAGCUUCUUCAACUGGUUCUACUUCACGUACACGUCGGCCAUGGUCAUCUCGUUGACCCUCAUCGUGUACGUGCAGUCCAAUGUGAAUUGGGCCCUCGGGCUCGGCAUCCCGACUUCUCUCAUGCUGCUGUCCUGCAUUUUUUUCUUCAUCGGGACGAGAAUUUACGUCGUAGUCCGGCCCGAGGGAAGCCCGUUGUUGGGCUUGGUCCAAACGGCGGUGGCCGCGUUCAAGAAACGGAAGUUGGAGUUGCCCGACCAACCGUGGGACUCGUUGUUUAAUCACGUCCCGAAAGACUCGAUCAACUCGAAACUUGCUUACACGAGCCAACUUGGGUUUCUAAAUAAGGCAGCAAUUCGAACAUCGGAUGACAAUGUGAACUCGGAUGGCUCGGCUGCAGAUCCUUGGAAACUCCGGACUUUGCAACAAGUCGAGGAGUUGAAAUGCGUAUUGCGAGUGAUGCCGAUAUGGAUAUCUGGGGUUAUAUACUACAUCUUUUGGGUCGUGACGCAGAACUACGUCGUAUUCCAAGCCCUACAAAUGGACAGGAGGCUCGGGAGGGGUAGUUUCGUCAUUCCAGCCGCGACCUACCAAAUUUACACCAUGAUCACACUAACGGUAUGGAUUCCAAUCUACGACCGGAUUCUCGUUCCAUUCCUCCGCAAAAUCACCGGUAUCGAUAGCGGAAUCACGAUCCUGCAACGCGUUGGGGCCGGGAUGGCGUUCGGGGCACUGACUAUGAUUGUGUCGGGAUUCGUGGAGAACCGUAGGAGGACGUUGGCUUUUACGAGGCAUACUUUGGGAUUUGCUUCGAACAACAGGGCGAUUUCAUCCAUGUCGGGAAACUGGUUGAUUCCUCAACUGGUGCUUGCAGGGUUGUCCGAGGGGUUCUCUGUAAUUGGGUUCGUCGAGUUUUUCUACAAGCAGUUUCCGGAGAAUAUGAGGAGCUUGGGCCCGUCUAUUUUGAUAAGCGGGUUCGCGAUUUCUAAUUAUCUGAGUAGUUUUCUAAUUUCGGUGGUUCACCAGACGACUCAAGUACGCGACAGGGCUGACUGGCUCGCCGAGGAUCUUAAUGAGGGGAGAUUGGAUUAUUUUUACUACUUGAUUGGGGCUUUGGAGGUUGUGAAUUUGGCCUACUUUUUGAUAUGCGCCAAGUGGUACAAAUAUAGGAAAACGGAUAGCGGCACGAAUGAUGUGGCCAUGGUGGGAAUGUGA